AUGACUAUCACCUUCGUUCCAGGCGAAAUCAAUAGAGGGAUCUGCUCUGUUCUGCAGGGAACUUGGAAAAAUCACCAUAUAAUCGUAUAUGGCUCUGGGAACAAUCUCAUCAUCACUUCAGGCACAUUGGUCAAUGAGAAUGAAAAGGUCCAAGAGCUGAACUUGUCGAAACAUCUCCAGACAAUAUACCUCGACUCCGAUCCUGUAGCUAUAGAUUUCAAUCCCGAUAACGGAUACAUAGCUAUAACUCUCCAGAACGAAAUUCUUGUCUUCAAACCUUUGAAUGAGUUCAUGUCCAAGCCUACGUGGACCUUAGCUCUACAAUUCGCGAAUGAAGAUGGAGCUGUUAUCAAUUGCAUUCGGUGGGCACCACUAGAGAACGAGAUCGUGAUUGGUUCGAACCAAUCACUAACUUUGUAUCACAUUUAUGACGAAUACGGGACUCUUAAGUACAACAAGAGGUGGUACUCAUACCUGAGCAAUGGGAUCACGAAUCUUAAGAUUUCGAGGAAUUGCAACAAGAUUAUGUGCACCAGUGGUCCGUACGAUCGGUUACUAAAAGUUUUUUCACGAAUCAACUAUGGUGAUGACAAUACGCUCUUUGAGCUUAGCUAUCUCCAACAUCCACAGAACAGCUUCAUUAUUGAUUUCCACAAACGUAUAGAUAACGAAACUCCACAUUUUGCGAGAAGGGAGACUUUGACAGAGGGGUCACUAGCUAACAUAAAGAACAUCCGUGGGUACAUUGAUCCUGGAGAUGACAAGAGUGAAGUGAUAUAUACGGUGACUAAUGACCAUAUAUUGCAUGUCUGGGCUUCAUAUGAGUUCAGCGGCCAUUCUCAUAUAUCCAACUGGGCGACAAUGGACAUGAAAUUAGCAUUUCCAGACGAAGAAUUGGCCUUCACGUUGAUAAUAGAAAACAAUCUUUUACAGUUGUCAUUAAUUCCACCUCUAAAAAAGUACAAUAUCCGCAGCUUUGAAAACAAGGAUCUACACGAUAUGGAUCUCUUGUACAUAGUCAGUAAAACCGGAAAGGUUGCUAUCUAUUCAGUUCUGAACAUUACUGCAUGUCCUCCAAACAAUAUCAAGUUUGAGAAAGUCAAUGAUUUCACCUAUCAAUUCGACGUAAACACAUUUCCUUUAGACCUGUUCAACCACAAGUUGCCAGCAGCUCCUCUUACAAAGGAGUACAUUCAAUCUGAAGAGUACACCAUCUACAACAUAAAACCAGUGAAUAUCACUUCGUUGCGAUACUUGUUUCCUGGACGCGAUUUUUCUCCUCUUUGUUUACUUCUCCAUGAUAGAAUCAAGAAUACGUUGCGUUUUGACUUGCUUCAUUUCAGAUCGCUUCUUGCUCCCACUGAAGAAAAGCUUCAAUCCCUUGGGACUAUCCUAUUGGACAAGUUUCAGGGCCAAACGAAGUCUAUACGUAAACUUAUCAAGUCCAACUCAGCCUUUACUGAUGACAACAUAUUACUAUCGAUUCUGAACUUCCCACAGGACAACUAUAUCUGGGAGCCAUUUGUGCUAAACGAUGUCAAUACUACAAAAAUUUCCAUUACCAAACGUUUUCAACUAGGCGUCUCGGAUGUGAAGGGAGAAGCUCCAGAAGGAAUCUGGACGGCAGUGAUCUUGAACGAUAUUGAACCACCUAAGGGUGAUAAUAAGAGAAGGCAUAUGGUUGUCGCCUUUGACAAGUUGGGAAAUCUCAGUCUUUGGGACUGUAACGGAUCUGUUAACGACGAUAAGCCAGCACAUUUCAUUGAUAAGAUUGAAGUCCAAGACAGUGAAGGGGAGCGCAUUGUUCUGGAACCCAAGGCAUUUGUAUUAACUGAAUGUCCCAAGAAUUCUCAAAGCUCUCGAGAUUACUGUUUGAUAUCUUUUUUCGAAGAAGACUCUGUCAUGGCGUGGAAAAUUUCAUUGGCAUACAACAAGAAACAAGAAGUUCAAUCUUUCACAAUAGAGCCAACAGCAAUAGAUCAACUACCUCAAGAAGUAGACAUCUUCCAGAUUGUAACUGUGGAUAGAUUUGUUUCGCAAAUCACAAGAAGUCUAGUAGCCGUUAUUAGUGAAGAUGGCUUGAUUCGCAGUUUUGCCAUUGAUUUCGUUGACAAUGGAAUUAAAUGGAGAAAAACUCACAGCCUUCAUACCAAUGUGAAAAGAGCAAGAAAACUUCAUGGAGCUACGGUAAUUAACAAGAUGGCUGUAGUGGAUGAGUCUGGAUUGAAUCUCUCGGUAUGGGACAUCAAAACUGGAGUAUUGGAAUACGAAGAAUCGUUUCCUAAAGAAUAUGGUGCUGUUCGAGAUUUGGAUUGGACUUUUUUUAACUCUUCGGACAGUGCCCUGACUUCAAAUGCAAUAUUGUCUGUUGGGUUUGGGCGAUUUGUCUUGUUGUAUACUCAAUUGCGUUACGAUUACACGAACAACAUUCCUACGUUUGCUGUGUUGAAGAGAAUAGACAUUUCAGACUACACUUCUCAUGAAAUCGGAGACCUGAUUUGGUUGAAUGAUGGAUACUUGAUAAUCGGAAGUGGGAAUCAAUUCUUCAUUGACGACAAAUGGAUCAAAUUGGGUUCAAACAGUAUUGAUUCCACCAUCAGACAGUUGAUGGUAGGUUAUACUACCACAGGAGUUCAAGAUGACCUGAGUAUAUAUGAUGGAGCUGGUUACCAGAGAAUAGACAAAUCGACGGACGAGUUGAUCUACGAUAUUUCUCACUUGGUUAGGGUUCUUAAUGGCCCUCUUCCAGUUUAUCAUCCACAAUUCUUGAUUCAAGCUCUAUUCAUGAAUCAGCACCAACUUAUUCAAAAUAUUCUUGUCAAGUUAUUCCUGGAAAUCAGAAGAGGAGAGCCUAUUUCCUGGGAUUUAAACUUGGAUAUAUCCAAGGAAGUUAUGAAUAGUGAAGUCAAUAAUGUUAGGAAGAAUGGCCAGAAUGCACCCAAAGUUGAUUUCCAUAGACUUGAUAGAAGAAUGUCCUUCAAUAAUUUGGAGGUAUUCAAAAAAUUCGACAAGGAAUUGGCCGAUUUAUUAAUCCAAAAAUUAAUGAAGAUCUCGUUACCAUUGUUAACCAGACAUCAGCAGAGUACUUUGAUCUCAUUAGUCUCGAUUGUCAAGGAUUUGACAAAGUAUGUUAUUUCUGUUGAUGAGAAUGGUAUCAGAUUCUUAAUUGGUUUCAAGUUAUUCCAAUUGUCUAGCAAGCAAUCUAAGUUGUCUUUGAGAGAUAUAAACUGGGCUUUACAUUCUGAUAAUAAGGAAAUGUUGCUAGCUUCAGUGGAGGAACAUUUCAAGAAUAGAAUGAAAUGGGAGAAUAUCAAGCAAACUGGCCUAGUUUACUGGGUGAAAACACCUAGACUUAUCAAGAUUGUAGAGGCAGCUGCUAGAAAUGAGUUUAGUGAAACCAGAGAUCCGUCAGGAAAGAUUUCCUUAUUCUUCCUAGCAUUGAGGAAAAAGCAGAUGUUGAUAGGAUUGUGGAGAACUGUAAGUCAUCCUGAUCAGCAGAAAAUGUUGAAAUUCUUGAGUAAUGACUUCACAAGCAAGCGAUGGAAGUCUGCUUCAUUGAAAAAUGCCUUUGUACUUUUGGGAAAACACAGAUAUGUCGAUGCAGCUUACUUUUUCUUGCUAGCAGAUGCGGUUAAAGAUUGCUGUGCUACACUUGCUGGAAAAGUAGGCGAUAUCCCUCUUGCAAUUGCUAUUUCAAAGGUCUACGAAGGUACAUCUGCCGAUCAGGAGAAGAACCAGAGUUUGGUAUCCAUUGUAGAGAACUAUAUUCUUCCUAAUGCUGUGCAGAAUGGUGAUAGAUGGACUACAAGUUGGAUUUUCUGGCAAUUGAACUAUAAGGAAUUAUCCAUUCAAGCUUUGAUUAAAUCACCUAUCGAAAUGGUAAUUAAGCACUGUGACAAGUUUUCAGAACUGUGUAAUUCCACAUAUAUUAAGAAUAUGUCGACUACGAGUUCUGGCCAGAGUUUCUUGAAAGACGAUCCAGUUUUGAUACUCCUCUUUGAUGACUUGAGGCAGAAGCGAAUCAACUAUUUGAAGGGCUCUUUGGAUAUCACACCUCGUGAAGAGUUUCAGUUUAUCAUUAAGGUAUGUAUGAUCUAUACCAGGAUGGGGUGUGAUUAUCUUGCUGAAAUCUUGAUCAGAAACUACGUAUUCAUCCGAAAGGAGAGUGCUCAGGCUACUAUCAGUACCAACGCUUCGAAUUUUGAAGCUGAUAUUAGUAUCAGAACACAGCUCAAUGGCGACUCUGUCACUCCGAUUACAAUUGAAGAUUCAAUACAGUCUUCUCCCAGCAUUUUUUCAUCAUUCAGCGAUAAUUCGUUCGGAGGUACCAAGACCAAAGCUCUUGUAAACAAGACUCCUCCUCCGCCAAGUGUAUUUGAGGAACCAGAUAUGAGUAACUUCAACUUUGGUUUCUAA